AACAAAGAUAGGGAUUGUAAGUCAAAUAGUAUCAAUGGGGCACCAAGCUUGUGGAACACUUGAGCUUUGGAACUAUCCAAUGUGGCUCAGAGAUCUCAUACCACAAAACUUGGACGGCUCAGAAAGGCCAGAUCACGUGGACCUACCUGUUCUUGAAAUUUAUAGGGACAGAGAGAGGAAUGUAGCAAGAUACAACCAAUUCAGGAGGGCAUUAUUGUUGAUACCAAUCUCGAAAUGGGAAGAUUUAACAGAUGACAAGGAAGCAAUUGAAGUACUAGAAGAUGUUUAUGGUGAUGAUGUUGAAGAGCUUGAUUUGUUGGUUGGCCUAAUGGCAGAGAAGAAGAUUAAAGGCUUCGCUAUUAGUGAAACUGCUUUCGUUAUAUUCCUCCUCAUGGCAUCUAGGUAUAUAUAGUAUUAUUAUUAGUCUUGAAUUUCUUCUUUGUGUUUUG